ACCACCUUUUUUUGGUACAGUGGGAGUUGGUUUUGCUGUGAAGAGAGAAUGAAGUCCAAAGGCUUUCUUUUUGUGUGUCUUCUUCUUGUGUCUGCUUUGGCCGUUUCGUGGGCGGUAGAAUCCCGCACACAGCCUAUCCAAAAUGACCAACAAGUGGCCCAUGACGUAGGAGAGGCCAAACAUAGAGGUGGCAGCGGAGGCGGCGGCGGUUACGGAGGAGGAGGCGGAGGAUCUAGCGGUGGUGGGUCAGGCGGCGGAGGAUCUGGUGGAGGAGGAUCUAGCGGUGGUGGUGGAUCUGGUAGCGGAGGGUCUGGAGGAGGUGGCCACGGCGGAGGUGGUCAAGGUGGUGGAGGAUCCGGCGGAGGAGGUCAUGGUGGUGGAGGAUCUAGCGGAGGUGGUCAAGGUGGAGGCCACGGCGGUGGAGGGUCUGGUGGAGGCGGUCAGGGAGGAGGUCACGGCGGUGGAGGGUAUGGUGGAGGUGGUCAAGGAGGCGGACAUGGGGGAGGUGGACAAGGAGGAGGUCACGGCGGUGGAGGGUCAGGCGGAGGAGGUCACGGCGGUGGAGGGUCAGGCGGAGGAGGUCACGGCGGUGGAGGGUCAGGCGGAGGAGGGGGAUAUGGAGGAGGAGGAAGUGGAUCAGGCGGAGGAGGGUACAAGAAGCCAAGCAAGAACUGA